UUGGGAUCAGUAUCACACCGAUGAAGGCUGUGGAGUUUCCUGUAUAAAACGCUUCAUUAAACACAGAGUUUACUACAGACUAAAUGGAGAUUUAAUUUACACGCAUUUUAAUAGUUUUAAAUCUCUCGUUGGAUGGUUAUUUACUUGGUACGCUACAAAUAACUGGAUUUUAAACUGCCCGGCUCCUGUUGGUGGAGCUGAUUUUAUUUCCUCGGCAUGUCCCGUCCAUCCGAUCCGUUACCGAAAACACGCCAUGAAAGAAUGAAAGAUACGAAUCAAAAGAACAAAGAGAAGGAGCGGAUGAAGGCUCGGGAGAAAGAGACAAAAGAGCGUGAGGCGCGUUACAGCAAUGGUCACCUGUUCACUUCCCUCAGCGUGUCUGCUACCACACUGUGCUCUGCCUGCAACAAGAGCAUUACUGCAAAAGAGGCCCUCAGCUGUCCCACUUGCAAUGUGACUAUCCACAACCGUUGCAGGGACACACUGGCCAACUGUGCCAAAAUGAAGCAGAAGCAACAGAGGUUGGCGCUGGUCAGAAACGCAGCAACUUUGCCAAACGUGGCCCUCCGCACCAAAAACCCGAUAAUGAAGGAGAGGCCUAGUUCAGCAAUCUAUCCGUCAGAGACACUAAGACAGUCUCUACUUGGUUCCCGUAAAGGACGCUCCACUCUGUCCCUCAACAAGAGCAUUUCCACAAAUAACUUAGCGGGGAGUCUGAACGAUGACUCUCCUCUCGGACUCCGGCGGAUUCUCUCUCACUCCACAGACUCUCUGAACUUUAGAAACAGAGCCAUGUCAAUGGAGUCCCUCUAUGAUGAAGGAGAGAUGUAUUACGCAUCAAUGCUGGAGGAGUUGAAGAAGGAUGGGAAAGAUUUUGAGGCAGACUCCUGGAGCCUAGCUGUGGACUCAUCUUAUCUGCAGUCUCAUCGCAAAGACGUCAUCAAAAGACAAGAUGUUAUAUAUGAGCUCAUUCAGACAGAGCUGAACCAUGUGCGGACGCUGCGGAUCAUGGAUGGGGUUUAUCGCAGAGGGAUGCUGGAGGAAGUGUUGUUAGAGAUGGGUGUUGUUCAUGCCAUUUUCCCCUGCUUGGACCAGCUGCUGUCUAUUCACUCACACUUCCUGAACCUCCUGCUGACACGAAAGAACCACAGCCUGGCACCUGGUAGCACCCGCAACUUCACCAUCCAACAACUGGGAGAUAUUCUGGUGGAGCAGUUUUCAGGUCAGAAUGCAGAGGAGAUGAGAAAGUGCUAUGUGGAAUUCUGCAGUCGACACCUUAAAGCUGUCAAGCUCUACAAGGAGCUGUUGGCCCGGGAAAAGAGGUUCCAACAAUUCAUACGGCGAGUGGGCAGGGGUUCUUUACUCCGUCGUCAUGGUGUUCAAGAGUGCAUUUUACUUGUCACUCAGCGUAUCACUAAAUACCCUGUGUUGAUCCAGCGCAUAUUAGACAACACUAAAGGUAGUGAAGAGGAGACUAAGUCUAUGGUUCACUCUUUGACUCUGAUCCGGGAGCUGCUGCGCUCUGUGGAUCAGCAGGUUCAGGAGUUGGAACGAGCACAACGGCUGCAGGAGAUCCAGUCCCGUAUGGACCCGCGGGCUCAGACAGGGGUUAAGGGUGGAGGCGUGUUUCGUGGAGGAGAGCUGCUCCGCCGCAGACUGGUUCACGAAGGAACAUUGCUGUGGAAAACUGCUCAGGGAUCCAGACUCAAAGAUGUGCAUGUUUUGUUAAUGACAGACAUCCUGGUGUUCAUGCAGGAGAAAGACCAGAAAUAUAUUUUUCCCUGUCUGGACAAACCAGCAGUGCUGUGCCUACAAAAUUUGAUUGUAAGAGAUAUAGCCAAUCAGGAGCGAGGAAUGUUCCUAAUCAGCCAUUCCACGCCUCCAGAGAUGUAUGAACUACAUGCCUCCUCCAAAGAUGUCAGAAACUCCUGGAUGAAGAUCAUUCAGCAGACAGUGAGCAAUUGUCCUUCAAGGGAUGAUUUUCCUCUGAUUGAGACUGAGGACAAAGCUUUGCUUCGCCGGCUUAGAGCUGAUAUCCAGCAGAAGGAUCGUGAAGUUUUAGAGCUGCUACAAGAGCGUGUGACACUCUUCUCUGAUCUAGCAGAGGUCACUGGAGGUCAAAAUGUUACCCUUCCUACAAACUCCAGAAAUGUAUUUCGAGCAGAUACGCCCUACGCUCCCCAGGCUGAAAGCUUACUGAAUGAUGCCAUCUCUGAAGUGGACAGACUGAGUGAGGUGCUGUUGGAUUCCAACAAUGACCGUCGACAGUCCUGCAGGCUAAAUGGUGAACAGACAGAGACACCGUUGAUCUCGAAAACUACAGAUGGAGUGAAUUCAGUUAACGGGACUCGGGAUAUGAAGAAACAAUCACACAAGGACAGGAAUGGGAACCAACUACUAGACAAGACAUUAAAUGAGGAGGUGUGCCAAAGACUUGUAAACCUCAGCACUCAGCUGCAUGCUCUACAGGCUGCAGUGAUCAAACAGGACUCGUUCCUCGAACUAUACAUGCAGGAGGACUCAAAUCAUGCUACAUCAGCGCACACUAUAUCCCGGGACACACCGCCAGAAGGGGGCGGUCCAGUGGGUACACAGGAAGAUCUGGUACAGCUGCAGCGCAAAUACAACCUGUUACAGGAGGAAGUUAUACGACUGCGUGCCAACCAGGACAAAAACAACAAAGCACAAAAUCAGCUAGAUAAACAAUUUCAAAAGCUGCGUGUUAAAGACACGACGGACGGCAGAGACACGCGUGACCUAUUGACCUCUAAGGAAACAGUAGAUCAGUUAGACAGGGUACAGGAGGGUGGAGAGACGGCCACAUCACCCCGGGCUGACAGUCCCAGAGAUCUGCAGGAUAUCCCAGAGGAGAGUGAGUGUGGGACUGAAGUUCACAGUUAACAUCAAAUCAACCUGAAGACCUCUCCACUCAUUGACAAAUUAUGUAAAAUAAUGUUUAUGCUAUUACAUUUAAUAUGAAUGUAGCUUAGAACAGCUUUGUAUUUUUAGAUGAUUGUGUUUAAUUUAAAUGGUGUUGUAUUUUUUGAUGUUUGAUGAAAGAAUUGAAUACUUGAUUACAGGUAAAAGAAGUUUGUAAAUGCUUUGGCAUUACUUGGAUUUCUGCAUUGAUUACUCAUAAAAUGUGCUCUGAAUGUUAUAAUUGUAGACAAACACACCACUAAAUUGAUAACAGAUUGUCAAUUGUCCUCCUUUAGCAGUAAUAACCUCCACCAAAUGUUUCCUGUAGCUGAUUGUACCGCCGUGGCUGAAAGUUUUGAGAAUGACACAAAUAUAAAGUCUGCUGCUUCCAUGUUUUAGAUCUUUUCAGGCGUCACGAUGGUAUACUGAAGUACAAUUACAAACAAUUUUAAAGUUUCAAAGGCUUUUAUUGAAAAUGACAUUAGGUUUAUGCCAUGACCGUCGGAAGCAAAAAAUAGUAGAUGCCAUUUUCUUGUAUUCUGGUGCCUUUUGAUUAAACAAUUGCUUGUAUAGCCUACAAGUUUUGUUUAGUUUGUAGUGUAUCGUCCAGAUUUGAGGAAGCAGCAGCAAUGAAGUCAAGGUUGUAGUUAAAACGCGGAGCGGAGUUUAAUUUAUUAGGGCUUUCCUCUUUAGUGGAGUGGUUUUGACUGACGGCACGUGCACAGAUGUAUGCGCUAAAUUAGAGAAAAAGUGAGUGAGUCCAAUAUCAUUGGUCUUAAAAAGUGUGUGGGUCUUGUUCCACCCACAUAAUGGUUCUGAUGCCCAUGGUUUAUGUGUUGAAGACCAUUUUUCCCCAAGACCUCUGCAAUUCGCCCUGGUAUGCUGUCAAUCAAUUUCUAGGCCACAUCCUGACUGACAGCAGCCCAUUCUUGUAUAUUCAAUGCUUGUCAGAAUUUGUGGGAAUUUGAAUUCUUUAACAUCCUCAAGUAAAAAAUAAGAAUUUUCUUACAAAUAUUCUUAAAUUUAAAAAAAAAAAUUGCAGUUGAGUAUAAAUUUUCCUUUGGGAAUGUAUUGUGAACCCAGCCACAGAUUCUGAGUAAUCACUGCAGAUAUCCAGAUCAUUCACCAAUGUUUUCUUGGAAUUGUUAAAAUGAAGGAAACUUUUUACAAGUGAAUCUAUACUCGAUAUAACCUCUUCAGAACUGUGUUUCUGAUUUUAAUCUGUAGAUUGUCAGAUGUAGCUGUUUCUAUAGUGUAUCGUCCAGUCAGCUGUUAUAAUGUUGGGGGGAUAUUAUGGGAUAUUACUGAGAUUAUGAAAUGUAGCAUGUUAAAUGCCCCCGUGGGUAAACUGAAUGCAGGUAUAUUUCAAUUUAACACUGGUUACAUCCAAUGAAUGAAGGUUAUGAAAAGCUGAGAUUUUGUUCUGCUAAAAAUGUUGAUGUGGAUAAUAAUAAUCGAAUGAAAUGGAGAAAUAAUCAGGAAUUCUUUACUGUCCACUUGAAAUGACACUAAAGCUUUGUUUAAUGUUACACUAUUGAUAUACUGCAUGUUUGUACAAUGUUGGAAUGUUUGAGUUAAAACUCCUUAAUCAUUGCUGUUAAAACUUUUGUUUUGUAUAUUGCGUUUUUUACUUGUUUGACAUUAUUUGUUGGUGGCAAUCAUGCAUUUUGUCACUGAAUUUUACACUGUAUCUAUAAAAAUACAUUUAUAAGUUUUA